CAGUCGCGGCGCCUUUAAGCGUCGCCGUGACACGUGUGUGAGGCGCCCGAGGCCCGGAUGGUGCGCGUGCGGGGCCCGGGCCGAGUAGACGCCAGCGCCGCGGGCCUGCAGCCGGGCCCGCCGAGGGCCGGAUUCUGACGCCCCUUCGGGACGACAGACUUGCAGCUUUGGUGAUUUCAUGGGGCGCAGCCAAGGAGCUCAUGAACCGGAGGGUCCUGCCCUGCGUCUGCCCAGUCUGGCCGGAACGUGACCCCACGCUGCAGCCCCAACACGCCCGAGGUCAGCCGUCCCAGUGAUGCACCAUGCCCAUAGUCGAUAAGCUGAAGGAAGCCCUGAAACCCGGCCGCAAGGACUCGGCCGACGAUGGGGAGCUGGGGAAGCUUCUGGCCUCCUCUGCCAAGAAAGUCCUUUUACAGAAGAUCGAGUUCGAGCCAGCCAGCAAGAGUUUCUCCUAUCAGCUGGAGUCAUUAAAGAGCAAAUAUGUCUUGCUGAACCCUAAAACGGAGGGAGCGAGUCGCCACAGGAGUGCAGACGAGCCACAGGCCAGGAGACAGGGCAGCGAGCACGCGAACGGGAGCGGUGGUGAUGGCGUCCCCGCCCCGCAGAAGGUGCUCUUCCCCACGGAGCGGCUGUCGCUGAAGUGGGAGCGGGUUUACCGCGUGGGAGCGGGGCUUCACAACCUCGGCAACACCUGCUUCCUGAACUCGACCCUCCAGUGCUUGACCUACACCCCGCCUCUGGCCAGCUACCUGCUCUCCAAGGAACAUACUCGCAACUGUCACCAAGGCAGCUUCUGUAUGCUGUGCCUCAUGCAGAACCACAUGGUCCAGGCCUUUGCCAACAGCGGCAACGCCAUCAAGCCCGUCUCCUUCAUCCGAGAUCUGAAAAAAAUUGCUCGGCACUUCCGCUUUGGGAACCAAGAGGACGCACAUGAGUUUCUCCGGUAUAUCGUGGACGCCAUGCAGAAGGCCUGUUUGAACGGCUGCGCCAAGUUGGAUCGUCAAACACAGGCGACUACUUUGGUCCAUCAAAUUUUUGGAGGCUAUCUCAGAUCCCGUGUGAAGUGCUCGGUGUGCAAGAGCGUCUCGGACACAUACGACCCCUACCUGGACGUCGCACUCGAGAUCAGGCAAGCCGCUAACAUCGUGCGCGCUCUGGAACUCUUCGUGAAGCCAGAUGUCCUGAGUGGAGAGAACGCCUAUAUGUGCGCCAAGUGCAAGAAGAAGGUCCCAGCCAGCAAGCGCUUCACCAUCCACAGGACGUCCAACGUCUUAACCCUCUCGCUCAAGCGCUUCGCCAACUUCAGUGGGGGGAAGAUCACGAAGGAUGUGGGCUAUCCGGAGUUCCUGAACAUCCGUCCCUAUAUGUCCCAGAGCAGUGGAGAGCCUGUCAUGUACGGGCUGUAUGCGGUCCUGGUCCACUCAGGCUACAGCUGCCACGCCGGCCACUACUACUGCUACGUGAAGGCAAGCAACGGACAGUGGUACCAGAUGAACGAUUCCUUGGUGCAUUCCAGCAACAUCAAGGUGGUUCUGAACCAGCAGGCCUAUGUGCUCUUCUAUCUGCGAAUUCCAGGCUCGAAGAAGAGUCCUGAUGGCUCCCUCCCCAGGACUGUCCCCUCCCUUCCCGGCCGUCCGGGUGUGGUUCCUGACCACUUGAAGAAGAACGUUGGCAAUGGGGGCGUUGGCUCCCCGCUGGCUGGAAAGCGACCGGACUCGCUGCCGAUGAAGAAGCCGCCGGCCCCCGAGGAGGUUGGUGUGCCCGUUUCCAGAAACGGCUCCGUGUUGAGUCUGAAGUCUCAGAAUGGAUAUGUUCCUCUGAAGCCGUCCGUGGGAGCCCCUUCCCCCCGACUCUCCAAAACACCCCCCAACACACCAACCUCUCUGGAUGAGGCUGGAAAGAAAGUCAAGAAACCGACUCCCCUGGGGCCCCUUUCCCCGUCACGCAAAGCUUCUCAGGGGUUCCACGGGACCAGCAGCGGGAACGGCAGCAGGAGCGAGAGCCCCAGGCAGGGCUCCUGGGACGGCAGGGCUGCCGCCCUCUCUACCUCACCGAGGCUUCCGGCCGGAGGGACGGCCAACGGGCACGGGCCCAAGGCGGGCAGCUCCAGCCGCGAGCUCCAGGGGAGGGGCUCCUGCAGCUCCAGCCCGGGCCGCUGUGCCAACAGCGACCCCACCAAGGGCCCUCAAGCGCCCGAGAGCGGAGCUGCCCGCUUGGGGGAUUCUCAGGGAACACAGUCCAGAGCGCUGCCGGACGGAGACGACUCCAGAGUGGUGAAGCCCAAGGCCCCCGUCCUGAGCAGCACUGCCGCCGAGGCCGCAAACAUCAUGUCUCCUCCACCGGCCAAAAAACUGGCCCUUUCUGCCAAGAAGGCCAGCACCCUGCGGAGGGCAGCCGGCAAUGACCUCCGUCCGCCCCUCUCUCCACUGUCCGACCUCACCUACCCCAGGAAAACCACUCACCCCGUCGCUGCCGCCUCCUGGCCUGUCUGUGCAAUCAGGGCGCUUUCUCCUGCUCCCAGACCAUCCAGCCACCUGAAGCUCCCCGUCGGUCCCCACUCCGUGUCACUGUCCAGUAGCCCCAGACCUCUCGGGACGUCAGACCCACAGAGCUGCUCCUCCGCCUCUGCUCCCCCACCUCAGGCCAAUGGGGGUUUCCAGGCGCCUCCACACCAGCUGCCAGAGGCCAGCAAGUCCCCCCGGGGCCUCGGUAAGAAGAGGAAGAGGAACCGCAGGGGAGAGAGCCAGGGGCAGGGCUCAGAGACAUGCACAGCCACAACAGCCUCUCCGGGGAAGAGGAGAAGGAGGAAGAGGAAGCGCACGGAGGCCCUGGACGCCUCCCCCCUGCAGGAGGGGCAGAUGCAGAGGCAGCCCCAGAGCGUUGAGCGGGGGAAGGAGGCCCGGGCAGAGGUGCCCACUGACAGACUAGAGGACGAGGGCGGACGGCUGCAGGAGAACGGCCGGCAAGUGGGAAGCGCGACCGACGGCCACCCCGUGAGCAGCAAGAAGAGGAGACGGAAGGGCACUGAGGGCCUCGGUGCCGGAGAUGGCCUCCAGCGGGACCCGCCGUGGCACAGGAGCUGCUCUCCCUCGGACGUCAUCGAGCUGGAGGCCGCUGUCGCGUCUCCAAGGAAAAAGAAAAAGAAAAAAAGACAGCAGGAGUCCUGGCAGGAAGUAGAAGAGAAUGAGCAUCCUGAAGGCUGCAGGGGCGAGAGGCAGAGGGACUCUGCUCUCCCUGGUAGCCCGCCCUCCCCACCUCUGAACGGCAGGCGUCCCAGGAAUGGAGCCGGGCAGGCCCUGGCUCCCCUUGCGUCCUGGGGCAGAGAGCGGGAGUCCGACGUGCUCCAGGAGCUGCUCGAGUAUUCAUCCGAUAAAGCUUACGGGAGGAAAGUGUUGACGUGGGGCGGCGAGGUGUCGGCCGUCAGUCAGGAUGCCAUUCAGGACAGCAGAUGGGCCCGCACAGCCACGGUCAUCGAUGACUGGGACGAAGAGUUCGAUCGAGGGAAGGAAAAGAAAGUGAAAAAGUUCAAAAGAGAGAAGAAAAGAACCUACAACGCCUUCCAGAAACUUCAGAGUAGACGGAACUUUUGGUCUGUGACUCAUCCCGCUAAGGCUACCAGCCUCAGCUACCGCCGCUGACUUGGCUGCUGUCGAGAUGGGUCGGUGCGGGGGAGGGGUGGGGGUGUGAGUGUGCGGGUGUGUGUUGACGGGGGCGAGCCCAGAGUGUGCGCGGUGUGUUCGCACGUGUGUGUGCUGAGCUGUACGUUAGCGUGUGGUGCGCGUGUGGUGAGGUGUGAGCGGCGCGUGCGGCGUGCGGGGCGGGAGCGGGUGUGUCCGAGCGCCGUCGAAUGCUGCGUGUCGUCCCGACGUGCGCUCGGGGCGUUGGGGGGCUCCCGGGGUCUCGCCCCUCGUCAGCAGCAAUGUGGUGUGCCCCACAGCCUCUGGAGAUGCGGGGCGCGUCCUGGCGCCGCCCGUGGGAGCCGAGGAGCGGCCUGGUUGAGGACCGAGCUGCCCUGUGGCCGCGGAGCCGGGCCGCGUCCGGUCGGGACCUCUGGCGUCGCCGCUGGUGCUGCGACGACCCCACGGUGACAUGUGGAGCAGGCGGCGGCCCGCCGGCCGGGAGCCUGGGCCGCCUCGCCUGCGGUGUCCGGGCGGGAGCAGGGGCGUCCUCGAGCGAGCAGGUGCCUGCGGGGUGACGGCUCACCCGGGCUCCUCUCGGCGGCCGCCCGUCCCCCGCUGCCGACGGCCGGCGCUGCCCUCUCUGCCUCAGCUGUGCCCUCCGCACGGAAGCCCCGGGGCGCCGCCGGCGCGUUCCUCCCUUGCAAGGACCGAGACCGUCUCUGGAGAGCGGAGGCUCGCUCGGGGCGUGGGGCGACGGCGGGCGCGCCUGCCUUUCCCGCGGCUGCUGGUGCUGAGACGGCUUCGCCAUCCCUUCCCCUGCAGCUGCCGCGACCCGCGGGGCUUUCGAGGUGGUGGUCUUGGGGUAGAAUCCUUUUAUUUUACUACUCAACAGAGACUUUUGUUGUGAUGCGGUCUGUGGCUUCUGUCAGCAAUACGUCCCCUUUCCCUGAGCUGCGACACCGGCUUGCUUUGCUCCGUUUUGUGAGCGCGUCCGAGUCUAGCGGAUUGUACCCUCGCGGUCGCUCUUUCUCUUGCUCAAGCUGUGUGUGCGAACUCGUAAUUCAAUAAAUACGGGAAACCCUCGGUGAAGGUGACAUUUUCCAGAGCACAGACACACCACCCCGUCGCAGAGCGUGUAGCAAUCAGUCCGAAAGCCGCUCCGCGGACAGACGUCUCCACGUCCUCGCAUCCAGAACAUCAGAAGCAGACACAGACAGACAUCGGACGUGGACAUCCGUCCUCCACAAUGGUUCUUUGGGACCUGAGGCCCCCGAUGGCCUGGCCUGGUCCCCCCUGUGUCACCCGAGCCUUGCCUCUUGCUUGGGGCCUGGGGGGCAGGGGGAUCAGAGAAAAGUAUCCUUCACAGGGCAGGGGUGGGGACAUAUGUCAACUUUCUCAUGUAGGGGUCUUCUAGAUUUUUCUUCCUGUUCUUACAUUUCUCUUCGCAAAGGUGGGGAAAGUAUUGGUGCCUGUGGCCUGAGUGGGGGCCCAGCAGGAAGCGAGCAGGGCACUGGCUGCGGAUGCCUGCCUGGAAGGAUGGGUUUCUCCGCAUUGACCACCCCUCGUUCAAAGAUGAGGCCCGCCCCCCCCACCCCCCAGUGCCCUGUGGCUCUCUUAUCUGCCACUUCCGAAGGGGAGGCAGGUGCCUUUGUGGGCAGGGCAUUGGUGUUUUUCCCUCUUUCAGUGUUAACCCGCAUCCCUGUACAGCCCUGUUUCUCGGUGGUGUUCUCCAGUGGAGAGGGAGGCUGGCGUCGGCCGCACAGAGCCCAUCUCUUUUCUCGCUCCCUCCUCUUCAGGCUCUUCCCUUCUCCACUGUGUGAUUAUGAAACCUUUUCCUGAGGAAAACAUGCCCGUUGCGUCUUGGGCCGUGCUGAGCACUGGCCUGUGGGCAGCAUUUGCCACUGUCCGUCGGGCGGGCUCUUCCCUCCCACAUGUGGUCCUUAGCCCUGGGGAGGGAGAGGGUGGGCCCAGAGGAUCAGCCCAAACCCUAGGACACUGUAAAUAUGUAAGCGUAUAUAAAUAACUAAAGCUUUUAUAAUAGCGGUCACGUGGGUGACUUAGAAUGUGGGUUUAACUUAACUUUGGGGGGGGUCGCCUCUCCUGGAGGUCCCAUGUGGCCUCACUCACCUGCCUUUUCCUGGUGGGCUCAGUCCGCCACACCCCCACGCGCCGCACCCCUGCUCCAGGCACCGAGGCGCCUCCGAUGUUGCCAAGAUCCUGGUGCAAUAAAAGGAGAUUUUGUGA